AUGUCGUCUAGGGCGCUACGAAAAUUACAAAAACAAAAAGAAGCCCAGAAAGUUUCAGAGGUUCAAAAUGACUCGGAGGACAGCGAACCAGAUAUCCCAGUUUCGCGGCCAAAGAUCAAUGCUUUUGAUCUACUAGGUGACCAAGAUGAGGACGAUGAUAAUCAUGAUAAUGCGCAUGAGUCUGAGACGGAAAAGCCCGUUACUGAAGAGGACCAUAAGCCUGUCUCGCCGUUGGAGGCCCCAAAGUCUACCAGCGGCAACAAGAAAAAGAAAAAGAAGAGUAAAAAGCAACAGGCAAAGAAAACUACAGAGCCAGCAGAAGCAAAUACCCCAGGCUCCAAAUCCCCGGAGGUUGAUGAAAUAGACCUGGCUCUCGAAGCUCUAGCUCUUAAGCACCCUCCGUCAUCAGAGGACCAAAAUGCCAAACCCGAAGGGGAUCUUCAUGACUCUUAUGAACAGAGUUUAUGCGCUCUCUUAGAAAUAGACGCCAAAAAGCUCGUUGCGAUGAAUGAAAUGAAAAGACUCUUUGGAAAUGCUGCUGUGGAAAACCGGACCUCUGAAAGCCCGUCCGGAAAUAGGAGACGGGAGCGAAACAGACGUGCCCUGGAUUUAGGGGCCGCGUUGACAGGAAGAUAUAGCCCUGCGAGCAGAGGCCAGGACCUCUCGGGGGUAGCACUGCGUAAGAAUGUGCUUAUGCAGGGCAAGGCUGAGUGGCCAAAGGCGACGAGUGGUGGGUUGGCGAUGGAAAUUGUCCAGAAAUCCCCUAUGGGAGCUGUUGAAUACGAGAUAGUUCAUAAUACCGCUUAUAAGGAUGUCCAGCGUCAGUUUGAGAUGUGCGUGGAAUCCAUGCAACCAGAAAGAAUGAUCGAGUUGCUUCAAUAUAAUCCGUAUCAUAUAUCAACACUGCUACAGGUUUCUGAAAUUGCAAAGCAUCAAGGAGAUCAUGCUGUAUCAGCCGAUCUCUUAGAACGAGCAUUAUUUAAUAUUGGACGUUCGGCCCAGUCUUCUUUCGGCAACUCUCUAAAAGAGGGAAAAGCUAGGCUUGAUUUCACGAUAAAGGAGAAUCGUGAGGUAUGGCUUGCGGGCUGGAGGUAUAUUAUUAAUUUGGGAAUGAAGGGUACCUGGAAAACAGCGUAUGAGUGGACGAAGUUCCUCCUAAGCCUCGACCCAGAUGACCCGUACUGCUUAUGCCUGAUUAUUGACCAUAUUGCUAUACGAGCAAGGGAACUAGAGCAUUUUGUUGACUUGUGCCUACACCCUAGCUUCAAGAAGCGGUGGCAUUCGUUCCCUAAUAUCCAGUGUUCCCUCAGCCUAGCAUACAUGUAUUUGAAGAAACCAAAGGAGUGCAGAGAGAUCCUGCAUUCAGCUAUGGCCCAAUACCCCUGGAUCUUCUGCCGUCUCACGCAGGAAUUAAACGUAUCUCCCGUGCCAACGGCGAUCUGGGGCGCACAAGCACCUGACGCGGCCCAUGAACUGCUCUGUGAACUCUACAUAGCUAGAGCCAAGGAUAUAUGGAACACACCCGAGGCCACUUCCCUUUUGGUAGAAAUUGCUGAUUCUAUCGCGGCACCUGAACAAGCUCCCAAAGCACCAGAGAUAUCACAGAAUGUGGCACGGCAUGUGAUACUAUCAGACAUAUCAGCUGUGACGACGCACCUCCCACGCCACUUCACCGUCCGACAAAUAUCAGCUUCGGACCCCUUACCACCAAAUGAAGUUGGAUUGUCUAACGUUCACGCAGCAUCCAUGCUGGACGAAGUGCUUCAACUGUUCGGCGCAAAUGAGCCGGCCCACGCUCAGACUGGGCGCCAUAGCCAUAGACAUGUGGAUGACGACGAAGACACUGACUCAGCGGAAGAAUUGGACAUGGCUGGUGUGUAUCUUCCUCCAUCCCAGGCCCCGGAGUGGCUUUUAGCCGAAGGCGCAGACGAGCUCGCGGAAUUCUUUCUUGUCAACGGUGUGGAUCCGGGAAAUUGGGAGGAGGGAGUUGACAUGCUGCCUGUCCAGCGAUGGGUGAGGAAUCUCCAGCAUCUAGACAGGCAGGAAUGGCACCGAAUCAUCUCCACUGUCGCCGCAGGGUUGGGCUCCUCAGCAGAGAUGAUUGAGAUGGUACUGCGUGAGGAACUAGAACGGCAGAUCAGCGCCAGCUAA